AUGGAACAGGGUGCAUCAAUUGGUACCGUUGUAGCUGGUAAACUUCAUACACCAACUGAUAUUAGUGUCGACAAACAGGGUAAUCUAUACAUUGUGGAUUUGAGCACGAGCGAAGGUUCAUCAGGGCGUGUGACACAUUGGAUUGACGGUUCAAAGACGGAUAUCCUUUAUGCUGCUGAACAGCUUGACGCCAUUGUUUUCGAUAGAAAAGAAGAGUAUUUUUAUGUUACACAACGCUCUAAAGGAGGUGUUAUUAGAUAUAAGAAAGAUGGCACCGGUGAACACACCAUUAUUGGUAAUUUUGGCGAAGGAUCAGCUCUUUUUCAGCUCGAUCAACCUUGGGAUGUCGCUAUCGAUGACAGUGGAACCAUUUAUAUAGCCGAUAGUGGAAAUAAUCGGGUUAUCAAGUGGCCAAUGAAUGCAACAGAAGGGAUUCUCAUUGGCGGUGGCAAUAACUAUGGUAAUCGCACAGAUCAACUAGCUGCUCCACGUGGUGUUCUUGUUGAUCAUUUGGGUACAGUUUAUGUGGCUGAUACAUAUAAUGACCGUAUCAUUCGUAUUCCACUCGGCAGUAAAACAGGGACGAUCAUCAUCGGAGGACAUGGGAAAGGUAAUGGUUCUCACCAACUCUCUCGUCCGUAUGGCUUAGCAUUGGACAGUACUGGAAAUUUGUACGUAGUGGAUCAUGAAAAUAACCGAGUUCAAAUGUUUGCUUGUAGUGGCAGUUCGUCUUGCAGAUGGAAUUUCCUAUUAUUGACAAUUUCGAGUAUUUUCUACUUCAUCCAUCGUUAUAUAAUGCUAUUUGAAACUUUGUAUUUUAAUUGAAGACAACCAUUAACUAAUGAUUAAAAAUUUUCGGGAAAUAUUUUUCCUAUCCUCUAAAUGUCAAAAUAUUAAAUUUGGAGUUGAUUCAUUCAAUAGAGAAAAUCAGUUGACGUUUCAAAUUCUCGAAAAUUCAUUUUUAAAAUUGAAAUAUAGUAAGUAAAAGAUUUUGAAACCAGCGUAAUCAAAUUUUAGAACCUCAAAGUUCACAUUGUUUACUUUUCUAUUGUUCUCCUGCGUAUUUUUUCUGCAGUAAAAUACAUAAUGACUCCUCAAUAUUAAUCUGGACGUACUACCACUGGUCAGUCACCACAGUGAUAGAAAUGAAACUCAAUAAAAAAAAAACAUUUACACAAGUAUUCUGUUCUUCCAAUGGUUCUAUGCUUGCUGUAAAACAUUUCCGCCUCUAGCCAACAGAUAUUUGUAUUUUCGCGACCAAAUUCUUCGCUCCAUUUUCGAGAGGGUGGCACACACCCACACCCUUUCUUUGUUACUAGCUCAGAAACUAUUGUCGCUACGAAUUCUUUAAUAAUAAUAAUAAUACAACCAUGUCCGAUUUGAUCAAUCGAAAAUUUACUUUUAAUUUAAAAAUGUUUUCUAGAGACGAUUAAGUAUCUUGAAAUUAUUCUAGAUUCUAAACUUUCUUUCAUUUCCAAUCUUAGUUAUGUAUAAUCCAAAGUUCGCAAGAACCUAACAAUAUUUAAGUGUCUCACAUCAAGUAAAAAGUUGAAUGAAGCUACGACAAAUCAUUCAUGUCAUGAACACAUCACACCAUCUUAUCAAACAAUUUUAAACAUUUACCCUAUUCUAUCAACCUCUAGGCAAAAUCAUCUCCAAGUCAUGAAUAGGAAAAUUUUGAGAACAAUCCAUAAUUGGUAUGAUGCGACAAGUUACGAACUCUCAAAUCUUCUUAGAUAUGAAUCGAUCGAUACGCUCACACGAUCACACUGGAAUAAAUUCAGUCGGGUUGUGUGACUUUCUUCAACACAAAAUGUACUUACUAUAUAUAAGAGAGUACGAUAAAAAUCCACAGCUGUUGAAAUAAAAAAGAGCCAUUGUAAAUAGAGGAAGAACAAGUAAGAAAAUCAUAAAUCCAUUCAAUGAUAAAAAAUAUUCUGUGUUUCUAGCUGUACUGUUGUCAUCAUCAUCGUGAUCCUAAUUGUUGUAGCCUUUUUUUGUAUUUGGUGCGGUACCGAUCUAAACUGGAACCUCCUCGAUGGGUUGGUGGGGUGUGGGUGUGGGUGUGGGGGUAUGGGUGUGGGUGUGGGGGUAUGGGUGUGGGUAUGUGAGUGUGGGUGGGUGUGGGUGUGGGUGUGUGGGUGUGGGGGGUGUGGGAUUAUGAGUCAAGAGAAAACCCACUCGCACUCUCCACACCUACCCACACCCACCCACACCCAGACUCACACCCACUGUGACGAAAAAUGAUGAUAGGCGGGAAGAUAUUGUAGGUGAAGAUGUACUUUCUUCCAUUUCUUCAUAUCAUAUUAUCGUCAUCUGACGAUUAAUGAUAGAAGGAUUGUUCGUGUUGAUGAUAUUACACUUCAGUUUAUUCCUUCAUAUCAUACAAUCGCCUCGUUUACAGAUAAAGCACACGUUUAUAUACAUGAGCAGAACAAGCGAUGAUGAAAAGAUAGAAGAUGAGGCCAAAGAGAGAACGCAUAUAUAAUAUACGAGUGAAUGAUAAUGUAGAAUGAGAAGAAGGUUCAAUCAUGCAUAGAUGAUCGUAGCCGUAACGCGAUUAUGAACACUAUAUAUCAUUGAUUGUAUAGUAACACACUGAGAAAGAAAAGAUAUCACA